AUGGAGCUGUUGGCUCGAAAUACCACGUUAGAGGAGGUCCAGGCCUAUGUCCUCCUACGUCAAUCCACCUUGAGCGCUGACGACAAAAAGCGCAUCUUGCUGGAACAUGAGGGCGAGCUCAAAUACAAACCUGUGGUCAAAUCGUUUCGAUUGCUGGGAAGCAAGUUUUUCAGUGAGUUCCAAACGGGACGAUCCAUACAGAAGACAAAGGUGUAUGAGGCCAAUGUUUUGGAACAGUCAGAGGAUCAAGAAGGUGGUCGAAGUUUUGAAUCUGGUCUUUCUGAGCGUGCUUUUCACACUCAGGUCGACGAUUUUGACCCCGAGCUGGACCAGGAGUUUUUGGAGACCUUGAUUGCCCAAGAGGACGCGGAUGCGCUCACUGUGUCUACUUUUGAAGGUGAAUUUGAGGAAUUUCUUCAAGAUACCCCUGAAAUGUUUGAAGCCCUCACCAGUUACAUAGAAGCCAGAUCGAAAUUGGUGGAAAAGAAGAAAAGCCGUGGAUUUUGGCCCAUCAAGGGUAAGAGCAAGAACCACAAAGGUCGUGGAAAGGGUUUUGGCAAAAGAUCUCGGGAUAAGGAUGCUCUUCUCCUUCGUAUCUCCAAGAGUCAUUGUCGACGAUGUGGAGCUUUGGGACACUGGAAAGCAGAGUGUCCUCAAGCUGGUAGCAAUGAGAAAUCCCAAGGUUCAAUGCCUUCCGCCUCAGCCAACGUGGUGUUCGAUGAGAGGCCUCAGGAAGUGAUCAAUUCAUGCGCCGAGUUUGAUGAAGUUUUUUCUGAGGAUGAUGAAUAUGAAAUGCCUGCCACAGAAACCAGCCUGCAUUCGAGUCAUGCCGAAGCCGUGUGUUUCAUGCUGUCUCAUGAGUGUCGAAGUUCAGGGGUUGUCAAUCUCAGUAAAAGAAUGUCCAACUUUAACAAGCACAGGAAUCAGUUUGGUAAGGUUUUGCAGAAACAUGUUCAGGAUGAUUCGCACAGCUUGCCCAGGAAAUUUCGUGACUCAGUGAAGCCCAGCACAGCAUGCCGAACGUCCAAUGCAUCCGAUGCCUUUGAGAUUUCGACGUCCAUGCCAGUGUACAGUAGCCUUGAGUCCUUUUGCACACAUGCCAUUUUGGAUACAGGUGCAAGCCGUUGCAUCAUCGGUGAAAAAACGCUUGAGAAGCUGAAGCAAGCUUUGCCUGGCAACUUAGCCGAAACCUUCCGAAAGCAGACCAGUCAAGUCAAGUUCCGCUUUGGUAAUAACCAGACUUUGACUAGUCAGUAUGCAAUCCAGAUUCCUUUGAAGCAUGUUGAUAACAAGAAACACUGGUUGUCAGUUGAGGUGGUUCCAGGUGCAACUCCAUUUUUGUUUUCCAAGCGUGCGUUCAAGAUGUUGCAUGGAUCUUUGAACUCCAAAACCGAUCAGUGCCACAUGUCCAAAGUUCAAAAGACACCCAUUGCAUUGGCCACCAGCCCAACUGGACUGUACCUGAUCAACAUGUUGGACAUUUGUUAUUUCGACGAGAUUGCCAUGUAUCAAGAAACAAUCACGAUGCCGCCAAUGGUCAGUGCGUUGAAAUCAAUCGCAGAGGCUCUCAUUCAUCUGCUCACUUUGCUCCUGCAGAUCUUCGUGAACCAGCUGGAAAAACAAGAGGUGAUUUCCGAGAUGGAGACCGAGAACAGCCCGGAGACGCACAUGCAACUCCAGGAGAUGAUGAAACAGAUUCAGCUCCAAAGUGUUUCGCUGGAGUCCCUCAAGGACGAGAUCAACAAUCAGAAGAAGACUCCCGAACGCAAGACUCGAGUCAUCAACUCCAGUGCUGCAGCGUCGGCUCCGUCAGGGGGUUCUAUGAUGGUCGUGGCCGGACCACCUACUGGAAUGACCCAACGAAGGAUCAAAACGCCAUCUGUGGUGUCACAGGCGGCCAGCUGGGAAGAAAUCGAAGAAGUGGAGGAGAUUGUGAUCCAACAGAAUCUGCAGAGUGUACCAUUGACCAUGGCAUCCAAUCGAAGCUCACAGGUGCCGCCAGCACCCACCUUGCCGUUACCGGGACAUCUGUCCCUGGAGGAGUGGGGAUCCAACACCAUCAAUUUUGGCCGCAAGCACAAGGGGAAGACCUUUGCCACCGUGAUGCAGCAAGAUCCAGGAUAUCUGAGCUGGAGCUUGGCAAGGUAUGCCAGCCUGAUGCCCGAGCACCAGGACUUCGUGCGCUAUGGCCAGUUGUGGAUGAAAGAGGUGGGCAACGAUCUGUGA